UCUCUGGUUGGAGAAAAAAAGAAGAGAAAUUGAAAAUAGAGAAACUGGAAAAAAUUCAAUUCGUUGAGCUGUUAACAACAAGAAACUGAAAGUCAGUCAUUCUUCAAUCAGUGGCGCGUAGUGAAGGAUGGAGAAGAGUACGUUUGCGUCGUGCUCGAAUUAUUUCGGCAGAUUGCGGGGCAAAACACGCAAUAUCGACGAGGGCAUUGAGAAACUUUCUGAAACCUGGAAAACUCCACAACUCCUCAUUGGCGGCUACGCGGAGCGUACGGCUGAAACUAAUGUCUACCUGGAGGGGUUGUGGGAGUCUAUACGGAAUAUUAGCGUUGCGAUAGAAAAACUUCAGUCAAAAUUGGAACCAUCCUUGGAUAAGACAGAUCAGUUACUGAAAGAAUCACAAGUGAUGUACAAAGAUUUAAAAGAGCAGUGCGACAAUUUGGACAUUGUUCUAGCGGAAUAUGGCUAUCAUUAUGAUGAGAGUAACGGUGGACAAGAGAAUCAUUCACGAAACGAUAAUCAGAAUUCCAUGAAUAACAAUGCUUUUGAUACUGAAGAAAUGCUUGAUAUGGAAGUUGAAUUUACGCCGAACUUGACAUGGAAAUGUAAGGCUAAAUCCAGAGAAUCGGACUCAUCCAAUACAAGCCAGAGGAAUACCAUCAAGGGUAUCACAACGCCUGUAUUCAAAAGUCUAGAAUCAGUUUUACAGUCAGAGAUUCUGAAUGGAAAAGGAGCGUUUAUAUAUAACACAUCAGUGCAAAAAUCAAAUUAUUCAAAACAAAUUACAAAAGUAUUGAGGAGAUAA